AGACACUUGACUUGCACUAACAGGCUGGAGGACCUCCACAGUCACCAAGCUAAUAAGCUCACGAUGGAAAAUACCGCAAUCACACAUCGGGUUAACCAAGGGAACUUCUCCCUUUCUCUUACUCGUCAUUCUUCCAGGUAUUCACCACAUAAAUACAGCUUUAGCUUGUCGCCAUCGGCGUCGCUGACGAUCAGCCCGCCUUACCACAAUCUUUCUGAUCUGCGGACAAGGAACAAUUAUCUGUCCAUGCAGCUCCAUAGCCAUUCAUACGACCCUUUUGACCUUUCUGGGUUUGACGUUGGUAUGAAUCGUGAAGAUUCGUCGCACCCGCUUUAUCCGCCGUGCUCCCACUGUCCACAAGGGUCUAUGAAUCAAUGCAAAGAAGCGGCAUGCCCCAUACUAGAGAUGACAUCACAAUGCACUGACCAGUGUGUCGUCGUCGCCUGUAACGAUCCCACCCACCCUGAGCCCAGUUGCCAUGUCGCUGACGAUGACAUCAUCUGCGACAGCCCGUGCCUCCCUAAUGAGGAUUGCGUCGAUUGUUCUGGACUUGAAGAAUUGCUGAAAUGCUGUACCGACUACCAUUCUUAUCUGUCUCAGCCAAAGUCCCUUGACCCAAGUCUCACACAGUCGAACUGGAACCCGCAGUCAGCAGAUGAUUUUUGUGGAUGCGACGAGACCGACUACGGCGAGCAACAUAUAUCCCAAUUCUUGUCAGAACACAGUGGCAUAGCCGGCCCUUUGGGUGACGUAUCUCCCGAACACCCAGUGUCAUCUAGCUCAGCGUUUUCUGCGUCACCCAUUUCCCAGGCGGCUACUCAAUUCACACCUGUCAGCCUACCACAAAACCUGCCGCAGAUGUAUAAUUGUUUGUGGGCAGACUGCAAAGCUACCUUCCCAACCAUUACGGAGCUAGUCGGGCAUGUCAACUUGGACCAUCUUCGUCCCCAAAAUCUAACAAAGGAAUCAGCCUCUCAGCAGGUAUGCUCAAAUGUUCCUCGGAAUCAACAUUUCGAACCCAACGCUCUGUCGUGCCACUGGGGAGACUGCGCUAUGUACCCCAGUCCAGAAUCAAUUUCAAGCUCUUCGACGACUGCAUUUACGGAUACUGUCCUCAACGUUCUUACCACGCAUCUGAUGCAAGAUCAUCUUGGCAUAAACUACCCCUUCCUGCAAUCGACGACCGUGCAUACUGCACCACCACAGAAAAUCCCUCCAACUUGUAUGGAAAAUAUUGCCCAUGACGAAUCACCCGCAGAUGCCCCUUCGGAUCCUUCACCUCGGAAGUCCUGUCCGCCAGACUCCCCGUCCACAGACUACGCCAUCAAACCCUGUCAAUGGAGUGGAUGCACGCAAACGUUCUCUUCUCCCGAUGACCUUACAAAACACAUCCUCGCCGCCCACAUCGGCAGUGGUAAAGCGCACUACGAGUGUUGCUGGGAGGGUUGCUCUCGGAAUGGCACUCAAGGAUUUUCAAGCAAACAAAAAGUCGCACGACACAUGCAGUCGCACACGGGACAUAGGCCAUUUAAGUGUAAAGUCUGUAAUGCACAUUUCUCGGAAACGGCUACGCUGCAGCAGCAUAUGCGGAGGCAUACCCAAGAGAAACCAUACGUUUGCGAUUUCCCUGGGUGCGGCAAGGCGUUUGCUAUUACGGGUGCACUGACGAUUCACAAGCGGACGCACAAUGGUGUCAAACCGUUCAAGUGCAAGUAUUGCGAAAAGGCCUUCACUGAGUCAUCGAAUCUGUCAAAACAUUUACGAACGCACACAGGUGCACGCCCUUACCCUUGCCCUGAGGAUGGGUGUGGAAAGUCUUUCGCCAGGCCAGACCAACUUGCGAGACACAUGAGUGUACAUAGAAAGAAGGACUCAGUAGGGCUGGGAGUGUUAUGAAAACGAAAAAUUUAUUUCGUCAUUAUGCAUCAUCAGUUAUGACAGUUGACUUAGCCUUUCCGUUGGAUGUCAGGGUUCAUGUCCAACAGUGGAGUGGUCAAUUCAUGUCGGGAGAUGACUAUGGUCAAAUCUAACAUAACGAG